AUUAACGUUCCAUUUAUCACAUUCAUCGUCGAACACUCAUGAAUUAUCUGGUUAAUUUAUUCUUUCAACUGAAUGCUCAAGUUGGUCGUGAAAAAAAACGCAUAUUUUUUUAAGAGCAUUUCAUUCCAAGAAUGCAAUUGUAACGGGCAUAUACGGCGGCAGUAUGAAAGCAUACGACAGUAAUGCAAAUCCAAGUGUAGAGGGAGGAAUAACGAAAGAAAGGGACAGAAUGAUUGAGAAAAAGAGAGGGGAAAGCACUGGGUAGUGGCCGCGAGCAAUGGUGCGAGAGAGAAGGAGAAAGGGAGGGAGAAGCCACAGUGAAGAGCAUUCGAGUCAGCUUGACGGUGCCGGUCGCCUCAGUAUGCUGCGCAGCGCGCAGGCUCGCGUACGCGUAUUGUUUCUCUCUGUUCUCGUCUCCUUUGCUCUCCUCUCUUUCCUAGUUUUCCCUCUUUCUCUCUCCUGCUGUCCCGUACGUAUGCAGCGCGGCUAGAAUACGCAAGUACAAACAUCUCGCAGGUCUCUUUCGCGUUUACGUCGUUCCGUUAAGUUUUUUGUCUCUCUGUUGAUCAACGGACAUCAGGAUAAUUCGACGAAAUUCAGAUUCCUUCGUAUAAAUAUUGUGAAUAACGUUUACUGUGCACAUGCGACCGUAUGCCGGUGAUUCGAAUUUAAUCGAGAACCUGUUAUUAACGCGUGUGCGUGUACACGUUUAUACGUAUGCAAGUCCGUAUACGUCGUGACACAGUGACACGGUGCGUAAAGUUGGCAAUAAAGAAGAGCUUGUAGCUGGUAGCGAAAAGCGUCAUAGAAGAGCGGGAAAUUUCGAUAUAUUCAACGAUAUAUUUUGAAACUUUGACACAUCAAAAACAGACGCAGUGGAUGAUUCUAAAGUAGAGAUUCAAGAGACUCGAUGUGGAUACUAAGAUAUAAUAAAGCGCAGUGAGUGGCAGAACGGUUACGAAACGCGUAGAAGGAGACGUGGCACGAAAUGAAGCGAACGUAUCCUCGUACGAUCGAUAACUAUAGCAUCUCGGUAAAUAUCAAGCGGUUCGUAUUUCCAGCGCGCACGAACCUAACCUAGCGAAUUAUCCAUUUUCUCAUACCUUGUAUAUUUGUAAACACAGUUGAAGAAGUCUUGUGAGGCGAGUAAUUCGAAGAAGGGAUGUUGACGUGAAAGUGACGUUUCACACUCGAAGCGUAGAAAUAUCCAGAAUAUGAGAAUGAAAAUCUUGCAGUUAUCGAGGAAGUAAUAUUCGUUGUACGCCAUCUUGAUAUGUCGAAUAGCGAUGACAGGUAGUGAAUGUGAUUGUUAAUCGACCGCGCGAGAUUCGAUCAGUCGUGAUCGAAUGUUCGAUAUAUCUUGCUUAGUUCGAGCGCGAGUGUAACGGUCGAAGGAACGUCCCGGAAGAUUCUUUCCAGUGUAAAGUGCGAGGAGACAGAAAAUUACGAAAGGCGAAUAAAGCAACGAAGAAGAGAGAAUCCGAGGCGCUUUUAUUUUUAGCCAACGCCGGUUCGCGCAUCGCAAAAACCGGUUUCGAGUCUCGGCUUGGGUUGAGCCACGAGGUAAGGUGCGUAUAUAGAGAAGGGUUUUCGCUGAAAGGGGAGGAAGUGAGAGGGAAAGACACGCGAUGUAAAGGUGUAUGGUUUUCUCUCUGUUGGUUAAGAAAGAAAGAAAGAGUGACACAGAACGUGGAAUUCGCCUAAGCCGAUACACACCUCCCCCUACUUCUCUUCUUUCUUCUCCCACCUCGAACUAUCGAUUGCGUGCAUGCACGCGCCUAUCCAUACUCGAUGUGUUACGUGACAUCGUACCGGGAGUGUAUAAUAUUCGAUUAUUAAGUGCAUCGUCGAUGAGAUGUUCAUCGCCGAAUAAUUAACCAGUCUGGAAAUAUAAGUACACAGACAUCGAUAGAUCGUUACAGUUCUCGAGUCAAUUUUUAUGAAAAAGUGUGAGAAAUUGGUGCGAAAAGAGAAAGUGAAUCGAAGGAACAUGACAAUCGAAUAAAAUCGAAUAAAAAGUAAAAGGAAGUGACGGGAAGUGUCUAUAUUGGAUUGUUGCAUGAUACACGAGAUUGACGAAGACACGAAAACGGCAUGAAGAAUGGCAACCGAUUCGAGCAACCGUCAAGGUGUAAGGGCGGUCGCCACGACGACAACCGAUCCACAUCGAAGCGAAAAACGCGCCGUCGCGGCACGAGGCGCCGCCGGUGCUCUAGCCCUCAGUAUUCUGGCCGUGGUCCUCCAAUCGGCAGCUACCGCGACCCCCACUUGGGGAUAUUUCACCAAUCCUGACGCUGGUUCGGCAGCCGAGAAGGGAUACUUUGGUCCGUGGAGGCAGUGCAAACUUCUGUUAUACGGUAGAGAAAGAUGCGGCCAAGGGGUUUCCAGGUUUCAACCAGUGUUGGCUGUGUGGGUGGCAGGAUUAGCUGCUGCGACCGCCUCCGCCCUUUUGGCCAUCCUGGUGGGUCUUGCCGUGCUACAACUUGCGAUGGCCUCCUCGGCAAAGCGAGUUAUUAUCUCGUACAGCACCGCUUUGAUAGGGAAAGUGGCACUCGCCACAUUGGCCACUUCGUUGGCGAUCGUGGCGGCGAGUCUGUUCGCUUUACAGACCGAUGACAGAGCCAGCAGCUUCGUUGUCACGAGGGGAGAAGCGUUUUAUAUGCAGUUGGCUGCCAUCGCUUUGAACUUUGGUGUGCUAAUCACUGCAGUGUACGAGGGUAUUUAUGCUCGACGAGGUGGUGAUCCAACGAAGAUUAGGGUUGUCGGUGAUCCACGUGCAGGAACCAUAAAUAAUCCUGGAUAUCGGGAACAUCAACCCACGAAUGGUGGCACCAUCUCGAUGACGGACGCCAGUGGCAAGCCUUACGUCGGCGGAGCCGGAAACGGCUCGAUGGCGUCUGUGGCGACUUCCGGAAGCGUGACGAGCACAGCAUCGCCACUUCGUAGCUCCCUGAAGAAGCCAAAACCGCUCGGUAUUCACAAUCCCGGUUUCUCGGCCCACAGCCCCACUCUCUCGAGAAAUGGUUCGCAAAAGAAAGUGCGAAUUCAGACCCACUCAACCGAGGUUUAACGCGUAUCAGCGAGGAUAGAGGAGCCUCGAUCAUUUUCUUUUCUUUUUUUUUUUUUUUUUUCUUUCUUUUUACGCGAGUCGACUCGACGUCGACUUCGUCGGAAGAAGCAUUCCUAAGAAGCGAAACGCGUGAAGUGUGCACGAACUGUGGACUAAUUAUUCCACGAAUUUUUCUACUAGCUUUCAGGUACCUUUGGAGGAAAAAGAAAAAAAAAAGAAAAAGAAUUGCGAUAUUUAAGAAUUUUAUAUAAUUAAUUUAUAUCGGGCCUUUCAGGAACAUUUUGAACCAAGUUUCAGUUUCUCCCUCAUCUUUUAUAAUUAAAAUAUAUUUUCAAUGUAUAAGUUUAAAAAGUUAUUUCGAAGAAGAAACUUUCCAUGGCUCAUCAUUUAAGGUGGAUGCAAAUGUUGUGUGUAUGUGUAGGUUCUUAUUAUUAUCUGUAAAAAGUACAUUUUUAACGAUUUAGAUUUUAAAUAGGAAUUAUUUAAUUUUACGAUCGAUUCGAUGCAAAGAACGAACACAAUGUUCUCUGAUAUUAAUCUUCGAUCGACGGAAAUCUCGGAUAAUCGUUCGAUUCGUUCGAUUAUUGGAGAACUUCCGGCUGAGAGAGAGAGAGAAAGAGAGAGAGAGACACCUUUUAAUCGAAAGAAUUCUGUCAAAAGUUAAAAGAGUUGCGACUGAAAGGGCCGAUAGUUUUAUCGCGUGAUGAAAGGACGAGCGUGAGGACGUAGGAAAUAAACUUGGCUGGAAAUGAUCGAGCGGGGAAAUUGCUCCGGUUAUAAUUUCCAAUGACGUCUUGACGUCUCUUCGAGAGAGUGUUGCAACCUUCUCUCAAACUGUCUAAACUGUUCUGAAACGAUAUUUAUAGCCGAUGCGACAAUAUCGAUUUGACGGGGCCGCGAAAGUUUACAGAUAGAAAUCCGAAUCACAGCUUCCAAAAAGAUAUCGCAACAGAAACUCGAAUUCGAACACAUUUUCUCACGUUCCACACGUUCGUCCAUUUCUUUUUUUUUUUAAUUUUUUUCAUAAACAUCGUCUAAAUUAAAUUCACAAGCAAAUAAUUAAAUUAUCGAUGAUGUUUUUAUUUUUUUUUUUUUUUUUUUUUUUUUUUUUUUUUUUUUUGAGAGGGGUAUUAGAUUGAAAGAUGCGAUUAAAAAGAUGUCCACGUCAGGAGAAGAGGAAUCAGCCGAUUUAGAGCUCGAUCGAUCGAGGAUCGAGAUGUUCGGUGAAUGAAUGGUGAGGCGUUCGGUGAGAUUACAAUUUAAGUUCCCAGCGGUUCCAGCCGUGAACAAGAAGAAAUUAACCCUUUGCGGUCUGGUUGCUUCACGCAAUAAGCUGUCCGGCUUGUUUCAGAACCGUAUCGAUUACGAGGUAACUUUUUCUUAAAUCAAUAUUAUAAUUAAAUAUUAUCAGGUAAACGUAUUUACUCUUUUAUCUUCUUAUAUUUUUUUUUUUAAUAUUUUUUUUAAACGUUCUUUCUUCACGAAAGAAGUAAUUAUUAUCUUAUAUUUAUAAAUCAAAUAUCUUAUUCGAACAGCAAGAUUCUUAAUUUCUAUUCGAUUUUCUAAUAAUCUUCUACGAGCUUUCGCUCGUCCAAUAAAUAUAUACUAUCGGAUCACUAUGUCAUCCCACGCAACGUACACGUUUAGACCGCAAAUGGUUAAUAGAAUUUGAUCGAACGAUAAACCGUAUCGAUUGUUCUGGCAACGUGUAAUUGUUUAAUCAAGAUUGGCGCGUUGACGAUCAACGACGACGAUGCGAGAGUUAAGUGGCAUCCACCAAAUAAUCGAUAUCCAAGAUAACGAUUAUUUGGAGAACGAAUUUCCCUCCCACACGUGAAACAUUUAGGGAAUGGAAGGGAUUAAUUAAAACGUUAAAAUCGAGUAUGAUUUAAAGGAGGGAGGAAAAGAAGAUAGCAAUAAUCCUGUUAUUAUCGUCGUUCAAUUAUUGAUUUUACGUCACGGUUGGAACGGCGUGUUACUAUGGGUAUUACGGAUGGUCGAAAGGAGAGAAAUUAAAGCCGAUUGUUAACUAUCGUUUCUUUUUUUUUUUUUUUCGCGUGAGAUCGAAACUCGAUGCCGUAAAAACUGGCAUCGUUUGAUUGAAAAUAUUGUAGAAUUAAAUUCGCGAACCGGUGUGACCGGUAUCCAUUAUUGGAAUGCACGAAUUCAAAUCGAUAAUUUCGCUAAGUAUUCUUUAUCUUUGAUCAUUAAAAGGCAAGGUGUAAAUUAUUUAAUCGGAGUUAUUGAAGUAUAUAUUUAUACAUAUAUAAUAUUAUCGCAGAUAUAUGGAAUACUUAAUGAAAUUAAUUUUUAAUCUCAUCAAAAAUUCGAGGUGCGAUCCGUUUCCUAAAAUCCUUGUAUUUAAAUGAUGUAUUUAUUAUUUUAUUUAUUUUUCCAACCCGAGAGAGACAUUCAUUGAAUUUAUUUAUGAUAAAAUAAAAUUCAAGAUGGCCACCUCGAACUUAGACAUCACAUUCCUUUCGCCUCUACGUUGUCAAGAACUUAACAAAUAGAUUUCUUCUAUUUGCUAAAUUCAAAAGAAAGGAAAGAGGAAAUCUGCAUUCCAAUAAUAACACCGUUCCACGUCGAUCGCAGGAUAUACGUGAUACAUUUUUCUAGUUUCCCUUCCCUUUUCUUUCAUUUCCUCCAUAUUUCUUUUUUUUUUUUCCCUCGUUCUAGUUUCUUCAAUCUAACCUCUUCUCUGUACCCCUGUUACACUCCUUGUUCGUCGCAUAGUAGGUUUAACUCGACGUUUCCUCGUCCGAGGAACGAAGUAUAAAUAAAAUAUUUACUGCGUCGCAUCCGUCCAGCCCUGCGUAGGCAGCUAACCGUCAAACGGUGAGAGUUAUAUAUAUAUAUAUAUAAAUAUAAAUAUAUAAAUAUAUUUAUAUUUUUUAGCAAUUGUUUUAAUAUAUAUAUAUAUAUAAAUAUGAGAAAGAAAUUUAUAUAAAUAUAUAAAUAUGUAUAUGUUUUUAUUAUUUGCGCGCGCACGGUACUCGAGAAUAUAAUUGAGAUUUAAUUGUUUCGCUCGUGUUAUUUGUCUCGAGAGAGAGAGAGAGAGAGAGAGAGAGAGAGAGAGAGAGAGAGAGAGAGAAAGAGAGAGUGUUUUACUCGUUAGAAAGUAUAUAUAAUUAUUAAUAUUAUUUUUUAUCACUGUUGCUGUUGGUGUCGUGACCACUAUUCCUUUCUUCAAGGAAGUUUUUUUUUUUUUUUUUUUUCCUCUCUUUUUACAGCUUCUUUUUCGUCGAUAGUUUCGAAGUUAUUUAUGACUUUUAUUCGAGGAUUUAUUUUAAUAUUCGAAUAUUGAUGAUUUUCUUCACCUUCCUUUUAAUUACUAUCCUCUUCUUCUUCUUCUUUUUUUAUUUCUUCUUUUUAUUACGCGUAGGUCUUUGUGCGCAUAGUUGUUGAUACUUUAUUUAUUUAAUUCGAACUGUUUUUUUUUUAUCAUUUCCCGUACGAUUUUUGGUCGACAUUAUUUUUAACGAAAGAUUUUUUUUUUUUUUUUCAAGAUUUGCACUUUUUUCUUUAAUUAGAACGUUAAUAUUUCGUCGGUUUGAGUUAUAUUUAAUGGUAAAUAUUAUAGAAAUUUAUCCGUUCCACUGGUUAAACUGGUAUUUUUUUCAUUAAAUAUAUCUUUUUUUUAAAGAUAAGAUUCGUGAGAUUUAUAUUUUUUUGCGGAUAAUCAUCCAUGUUUUUAUCGUUAAUAAAAAACGUUUUUGUCGAAACGGAUCACACGAGCCGAGUGUCUUUUUCUUAAGAUCUACGCAAGAAUUUACUUCGAUAUCCAAAAGAUGGAAAAGAAAUUCUGUAAAAUUCUUCAAAGGUUUAUUUAAAAAAAGAAAAAAAUUUAAUUCUCAGUGAUAUUCAUUUUGCACAAAAUUGCGAUAUUGCAAUGACGAGGAUCACCAAUUCUCCUCUAAGUCUUAUUUAAUAAUUUCGAUUAAUUCGUAAGAAAAUUUCUUUUUCUUCUGUUAAAAAAAAAUAAUCCUUACGUGUUCAAGAUUAAUGUGUUCAACAUUCUACACGUUAAGAAAACUUAUUAUUAUUGUUUAAUAAAAAAAAAGAACUUGUUAGAAAAUUUACAAAAAAGGAAAACAAACAAAAAAAAUCGAAAAAGUAUAUAAAAUUAAAAAAUUCCAUAGGAGGAAAAAGAAAAAAAAUAAUUCUUUUCUGGAUUUCGAAAAAGAAAGCGCUUGCGUGAACCCUGUCUUCUUUAAGAAACGACAGUUGAAGUGAGAUCGAUACAAUACAAAUUUUUACGCGUGCAAAUGUAAUGUCUUAUAUUUCAAAAAAGAAAAAAAAAGAAAAAAAAAAGGAAAAUUCGUAUUCCCACUUUUUUUGCACAUUUUGCUAUCGAAAUAUUGUGCGUGUCUCGAUAAAUUUUGUAACGACCGGUAUUGAAUCGUGCGAGGAUUGUAUUGCGAGGAAAUCGAUAAUAAAGGAAUUUCUAUGAUUCACGAUCACCUGCAA